AUGGCGGAGCCCGGCAAAGAAACUGCUGCUACACCCCAUCCACUGCCGCAAGAAACGGUUCCCCAUGCGCCUGCCGCCAUGGCGGAGCCCCGCUUGGAAGCUGACACGCAGAUUUCAGCCUCACAAGACGCCGAAACCACCGGCGGUGGUGCUGCUACACUCGACUCUGCUCAGACUAAAGCAGAGCCGGCCCACCAGCCGCCUCCGCAGCAAGAGACCGUAGACAUGGCUGCGGUUGGCGCGCCGGAGCAAACCACGACGGAGGCAGACGCUCAGCCACCUGUGGCAACCAUGUCACAGAAAAUUGCCGCAUUGCCUCCGCCAGCUGAAACACCGGCGCAAGAGAGGGCGGCGGCCGCCGCACCUACGCCGCCGCAGAAGCAAGAAGGCGGCGACCCGAAACUAGCCUCCUCGGUCCACGAGGAGGACAAGGGCGCGUCAAAGGCAAGGGUGGAGGAAGGAGAAGAGAAGCCCGCGCGUCGUCGCUGGCGAUGCCUCCGCGCCGCCGUGUGCUUGCUCUUCCUCCGCCCCAAAAGCGGAGAGACGAAGCCGGCGACACCACCGGGCGACAAGGAGGCGGUGUCAGGGCUGGAGGAGAAGAAGCCGAUGCCAGGGGAGAUGCCGCCGCCGCCCCAGAAGGACAGUGGCAGCACUGUCCGUGUUCCAUCCAAGCCUGAAGCGGGGAAGGGCGAAGGCGAGACGAAGCCGGCGGCGCUGGACGGCAAGCGGCCGGAGCCAGGGCAGGAGCAAGUGGCCACAUUGCCUCCGCCAGCUGAGACAUCGUCACAGGAGACGACGGCGACGGCGGCUGAGGCUGAGGCUGAGAAGCAACUUGCUGCACCAGCGCCACAGCAGCCACCGCGGAAGCAAGAAGGCGGCGCUCCGGAACAAGCCCCCUCGGUCCAGGAGGAGAUGGACGCCGCACCGGCAGCGGCAAGGCCGCAGGAGGGAGAAGAGAAGCCAGCGCGUCGCCGGUGGCGAUGCCUCCAGGCUGCCGUGGGCUUGCUAUUCCUCCGCCCCAAGGGCGAAGAGACGAAGCCGCCGACGCCGGGGGAGAUGCCGCUCCCGGUGGACAGCGCUGUCAAGGCUGCAGUAGAGAAGGGCGAAGGCGAGAUGAAGCCGUCGGCGCAGGAUGGCAAGAAGCCGGUGUCAGGGCAGGAAGAAAAGAAGCCAGCGGCGAAGAAGAAGCCGAGCCGGAAGUACAGCCCUGGCGCUGCAAGGAAGGAGAAAGACCAAGGCGAAGAGAGCAAGGGCCGCCGUGAUGAAACCCAAGCGGGGAAGACAACACCGCAGCUCGAAGGGGAGCACCCUUCGCUGAAGAAGUUUCGGAAGGCGGCCAGGCUGGUUCAGUUCCUCAUGUCCUGGCUCAAGAAGGUGCGCUCCCAGAAGAAGCCAGUGGAAGUGCGCCUGGAGCACAUCCUCGAGGAAGCCUUCACAAGGCUUCUCGCGACGGAGUACAAGGAGCUGAGCGGCGUGAGGCAGAAGUGCCUCCUCACCUUCUCCGUCUUCGAGCUCGACUCCGAGGUGAAGAAGCAGGCCAUGAUCUACUGGUGGGUGGCAGAGUUCAACCUGCGGCACCGGAGCGAUCCACCAGCGAAUGCAGCGCGGGCUCCUCCUGCUACUGCAGGUGGCGGCGGAAGAAGUGAUAAGCCGGUGGCGGCGCCGCAGGGUAAAGGCGCGGACGCCGACAGAAGGAAUGACGACGCCGAAGGCAUCUUCUUCAUGCUUUCUGAUCAUGGCUUCCUGGUGCCGAUAAAGAACUGGUGCAGCAAGGUGAUCCAUGGCUGCCAGGUGAACCCCCUGGUGCACUGGAUGCUGAAGCGGCAGGCGAGGGGUGAUCGCUUCGCCGAGCUGGACGACAAGGGCAGCCCCGCGGACCGGCAACUCAACUCCAGCAUCCUUUGCCUGACAGCAGGCAAUCGUCCCGUGCUGCAGAGGAUGCGCAUGGAAGAUGAGUCACAGCCACAUCAGGCCAGGAAGAAAGACGAGUCACAGGCCGGGAGAAAAAGCAAGAAGGUAACAAAGGAGCCUUCCCUGCAGGGCAAGGGCAGCCGUGACCAGGACCAGGACCAGCAGCAACCGACGACGAAAGAUGAGGCACAGGUCGGGAGCAAAUCCAUGGCAGCAGCAGAUAAGGCACCUUCCCACAAGGACGAAGACUCGACCCAAGCUAAGGAGGACCAGCUAAUCAAGGGAGCACAAAACAUCAAGCCCAGCUCUGAACUCGAACAUGAUGAUGAUAUUCCACCAUUAUUUGAAGGGAAGCGAGUGAUCCUCAAUGUCAAUGCACAUGUGUACCCCAUAUCCAAGUUCGCAUUCUUGAACCUUGCCGAAUGCUUGGUUGUGCUGCAGCUUGGCCGGUGGAAUAAUCUUGACGACAAGACAUACAUGGAGGUGGAUGGACUGGAUUCACGGAAUGCCAUCGGCUCGCUCAAGAACCUCCGAUACCUUGGUCUCCGUGGGCUAUCACGGCUAACAAAGCUCCCAAAAGGGAUCGAGAGCCUUAAGAAACUUGUAAUCCUAGACAUGCGAGGCUGCCAAAACCUAGUCAAAGUCACGGCAAGUGUCAUCACACAAUUGAAACAGCUUACCCAUUUGGAUCUCACUGAGUGCUACAUGUUGGAGCACAUUGAUCGAGGAAUCACAUUCCUCACAGAGUUGCAGGUGUUCAAGGGCUUCGUGUUCGCAAUUGGAACACAAGGGAAGAAGGCAUGCCGAAUACAAGACCUCAAAAAGUUGAAGAAGCUCCAAAAGCUCACUGUUAGCAUCACCACUGAUGCUAAUGUAGGCAAAGGUGAGAUGGCAGAUCUUAAGUACCUCACCAGCCUUCGAAAACUCACAAUUACGUGGAGUGAGAUACCAAGCAUAUUGAAGGGUGACACGAAAAAGGUGAAAAAGCUGGAGGAUCUUUUGGAGAGAUGGACCAGCUUUCAGUUGCCAAAAGACCUCAUGAAACUAGACAUUCGGUGCUACCCCAAGGAAAAGCUAGAACUUGAAUUGCAUGAGAAGCUCGAGAAGCUAUACUUGAGAGGUGGAGACAUGGAAAGGUUUUCCACAAAGAAAUCAACCUCCAUCAAGACAUUGCGUCUGAGGUAUCUCCAGAAUUUCAAAAUGGGAUGGGAUGAUAUCCGUUUAGAAUUGGAAAAAAUUGAAUAUGUGGAAAUUGUGGUUAAUAAGGAUGCAACACAAGAAAAGGAUAAGGAUGAUGUUGUGAAGCAUAUAGAUGAGGAAGUGGUCAAGAGUCUGAUGAAGAUACCAGAUUUUACAUUGGAUAGGCAUGGAGUAUGGACGAAGGAUGAGAAGGAAGAGCGUAACCAAAAGUUUCAUGCAACUAACAAAGAUGUUGCUGGGAUGGAUAAAGGUCAGGACGAUGCCAUUGGGAAGAACAAAGCUGGACCAUCAGAACCAACUAAAGAUUCUAGUACUGAAACUGCUAGUGGCAUCACAAAUGUUAAUAAGGACGGAGACAAAGCUACUACCAAAGAACAAGUAGCAAAAGAAGAAAGAGUAGCAACCCAAGAGGGGUCGUAA